AUCUACCUGCGCCGUGAAGCAGGGACAAGGCGAUGGCGGUGUCUCAACCAAGGCAAGAGAAGGAGAGCGAGGAUUGCUCUUUACUGCCUUUAGUUCACGACAUUAUCAAAUGCAUGGACAAGGACAGCCAGGAUGUCCACCAAGAACUGACCAAGCUGAAGGCAAAGAUCCAGGAGGCUCGGGAGCAGAUCUCCAACAUGCCCGGGGUAGACAGCAGUCCGCCGGAGCAGCAGCAGCAGCUCGCUACCCUGCAGGAGCAGGUCCGCACCAAGAACCAGCUGCUGCAGAAAUACAAGAGUCUGUGCAUGUUUGACGUGCCGAAAGCAUCAUGAAAACCGAGGCGUGGAUUACUCGAGACAGUCGAGGUGCAAGAAGAGAAGGUGGCGUUUUGUUUUCAUCCUCACCUGUGCGGCCGAUGUGGCGUUCAAGAACACGGGGUGGAUAUCUAAAGGAACAUGGACUUCUUCUUUCUCCAUUUCAUCACAAAUGUUGUUGAAUGAAACAAUGUCCUUUGCUUGCCUUCCGAGAAUGCAAACUUGGUUUAUAGUAUAUGUAUUGAAUGUAAUUUUUUUUUUUUUAGAUAAUAAUUUCCUGUGAUAUCUUGCAAUGUUUUGUAUUAAAACAAUUAUCUUUGUGCUUA